AUGUCACAGUUCGUUGGUCACUUGGCUCUGGAAGACUGUACCUACAGCUGCCAUCGGGAUGCCCAUUUCGAGAGCAAUUGUUACGAGCGGCAUGAGCACGAAGCUCGUCAGCUGGCAGCAUCCUUGCUGGAAACGGAUGACGACGAUGAUGCGGCAAGUGAAGAAGUGAUCGCAACUGAUGACGGUAGUGGCGCUGAAACGGGUCCCACCAGCAAUGAUUUGGAUGGUGAUGGCAUUCCCAACGAUCAGGACCCAGAUGAUGAUAAUGAUGGUAUUCCAGAUACUCAGGAUGAAGACGAUGACAACGAUGGCGUGCCGGACGCCAAGGACAUGGACGAUGACAAUGACGGUAUUCCGGAUAGCGAAGAUCCGGAUUCCAAAAUGACUGCCAACGAUCUGGAUGGUGAUGGCAUUCCCAAUGACCAAGAUGAUGAUGACGAUAAUGAUGGUAUUCCGGAUGCGGAAGAUCCAGAUGACGAUAACGAUGGUGUGCUGGAUGAAGCGGACAACGACGAUGACAAUGAUGGAGUCCCAGAUAGUGAAGAUCACGACGCUAAGUCCAAAGGAAAUGAUUUGGAUGGCGAUGGCAUCCCCAACGACCAAGAUACGGACGAUGAUAAUGAUGGCAUUCCGGACACGGAAGACACCGACGAUGACAACGAUGGUGUGCCGGAUGUGUUGGACACCGAUGACGACAAUGACGGCAUUCCGGAUGUUCGGGAUAAGGAUUCCCCGGUAACACACAAUGAUCUUGACGGUGAUGGUAUCCCCAAUGAACAGGAUGAUGAUGACGAUGGAGAUGGUAUUCCAGAUGCCGAAGAUGACGAUGAUGAUAACGACGGUAUUCCGGAUGCUGAGGACCCGGACGAUGAUAAUGAUGGUAUUCCGGACGACAAGGAGGGUGAACCCCUCGGUGACGAUCUGGAUGGUGAUGGUAUCCCUAACGAUCAGGACACGGAUGAUGAUAACGAUGGUAUUCCGGAUACGGAAGACACCGAUGACGACGGAGACGGUAUUCCGGAUGCCGAAGAUGUUGACGACGAUAAUGACGGCAUCCCGGACAUCCUGGACGAGGGAUCACGCAAUGCUAACGAUCUGGAUGGAGAUGGUAUUCCGAACGAUCAGGACACCGAUGAUGAUGGUGAUGGUAUUCUGGAUGAAGACGAUCACGAUGAUGACAACGAUGGCAUUCCGGAUACCGUAGACGAUGACGAUGACAAUGAUGGAGUGUCGGAUGCGGUCGAGGCUGCUGGUCCCAGCUAUGCUGCGCCGAAGAUUUGUCACGAUCCGGCUUCGGAUGUUUCCGAUGAGGAUGACAAUGCUGAUGAUGACGAUGAGCAGGAAUGUUUCACUGCUAACGGUGCGGCCAUUGAUAUGAAGGUGUCGAUUGAUGAACACGGCGAACGGGAUGAUGGCGAAGAAUGUGUUUAUCCUUUGGAUGGAUUCAAGUGUCACAUCGAUAAGGCUUGGAUUAAAGAACAAGAGCCAGGAUGCAAACCAGUCAUCGAAUGCAAACUACGGGAACCCUACGCGGAUAACUCCAGUUUGUUGUUCGGAACUACUUGUGAUGGGGAUGAAGACAACGACGGAGACGACGAUCGAGGUGAUUCGACGUACUACUACUACUUAUCGAUCCGUGCCCUGUUAGAUUUCUUCCUGCUAGCUGCCCUCACUUUGUUCAACACGAUCAUCAUCAUCGCAACUCGCGAUCCAUCGACCGGUGUUGCGCACUUUGGACGCCAGCUGGUUUGGGGUGCCAUCGGCUGGAUCAUUUUCUUCAACGACGAUUUCGAGCAACCUUACCUGCUGUUCAUCAUCCUGUACACUACGGCUGCCGUCAUUCUGUUAAGUCCACUGCAGAUGGAUCUUUCUCCGCCGGAAGAGUGGUGGAAGUUCAAAACUACUCCGCAGAAAUUCUUCUCGAAUCCAGCCUUCCUCAAGUACGGCAAACAGUGUUGGUUACCGUUCUUGAUCACCCUGGGCCUUGGAUCGUUGUGGAGUAUCAUCGAUUCGAUUGAUAAGUCUCACAUGAUUGAUAUCCCUAGUGAAGACACUGAUGAUAGCGGCAAACCAUCGAUCAUGCGUACAGUUAUCAAGACCUUCCUGCUGGCUGGUGAUCUCUUGGCUAUCCCGAUGCUUCUUUUUGUUACCAAAAUUAUCGAAAUUUACGGAACCUGCAAAAUUCUGGUGGCUGCUUACCUGACCUUAGUCCUGCGUUACAUUUUCCUCGCCAUUUUUGACUGGCAAUACUGGGACGUUGUUGAAGACAUCCUGCUGCCUUCGACUCUGGGUCUCACCUGGGUAACCCUAGUGCUUCACUUCCGUGAUAUUCUGCCCCGCAAGGUCACCGCCAUCGGUCAGGCUCUACCAGUCAUCGCCCAUUUCGGAUUCGGUCGUUUCUUCGGUGCCUUGAUCGGCAUCGAGUACGAUUACGAUAACCUGGAAAAUGACUACGAGAUCAUCGCUGGAAUCCUCUUCGCCCUCACCAUCGUCAGUAUUGUGCUCUAUCGCUAUCGUGAAAUAGUGCUGAACUAUCUCGGCCAGUACAUUCCGGCGUUGAAGCCGAGCGAGGAGGAGAAAACGAUCAAGAAGGGCAAAAACGAAACGGAUGUUUGAAACCCCCACGUACCCGACCAACUAGAACAGCAACUACAGCAACCAGCACCGUGUGUUUUUGAAAAGAAUGAAAGGGACACUUUUCGAGUCUAGCUACAACAUAGAUUAGGAUAAUGGAGUGCGAGUUGAACGUCGCAUCCUGCUAAUGGGAGGAGCUUUUUUACGUUUAGAAUAACUGAAAAGGGAGGCAGAGAUCUACACAAACUUUUAACUAAAUAGAGAUUGCAGUUUUCGUUGAUUAAAUUCUGUAGUGCGCUUCUAUGGAAAACUUAAGACAAAUUUAAUAAAGACUUGUUUUGAUUGGCGUUCUGUGAA